AUGAAUAAAGGAUAUUUUUUUUUUUUAUUAGGACGUAAAAAAUCUGAUGGUGAAUAUCAUGAACCAUGUGAACGUUCCGAAUUUUAUCAUAUGAGUGAUCUAACUAAACGUGCUGCUUUAUUUAUUGGACCUGAUGAGUAUGAUUCACGUUACCUUGAAAGUAGUCUUGCAUUUGAUCCGUUAUCAGAAUUGGAACCGGUUACAAAACGGCCUAGAACAUCGGAAAGGA